AUGCCAAUAUUCAUUCUCAACACGAGUACAUCAAGUCCAGCUCCUACAUUUCAGAAGAGCAGGACUUGGAUUUCACUGCAGCGCGUCUUGACAAGAGAAAUCUCAUUACCACCAAUACAUAUUGAACCUUAUGUCCUGCUCUUUCCGAUUACAUCCUAUCACGAUCCCAUCAGAAGUGCCAUCAAAGAUUUUCUUUACUACAUCCGCUUUUCAUUAUGUAUUACCUCAAUCCAGACACUCACUACCCUCAACGUCAGUCGGAACGGAAUCAGUGCUGAAGGAGCACAACACAUCGCGGAUGCGUUGCGAAUGAAUACGACACUCACCACACUUGACCUCUGGCGCAACGAAAUCGGUGCUGAAGGAGCACAACACAUUGCUUAUGCGCUGCGAACCAAUACAACACUCACGACACUUGACCUCCGUGACAAUCAAAUCGGUGCUGAAGGGCCACAACACAUUGCGGACGCCUUGCGAGCGAAUACGACACUGACCACACUUGACCUCGAAGGGAACGAAAUCGGUGCUGAAGGAGCACAACACAUUGCUUAUGCGCUGCGAACCAAUACAAUUCGAAUUCAAGUUGAAAAAGGAAAACGUCUUGGUUUAGUUAUUCGUGGUGGUGCUGAAUAUGGUCUUGGAAUUUUCAUAUCUGGUGUUGAUAAAGGUUCUUUAAGUGAUCAAGGUGGUCUUUGUAUUGGUGAUCAAAUUUUAUCAGUUAAUGGAAUUGAUUUUCUUCAUAUAACACAUACAGAUGCUGUACAAAUUUUACGAAAUCUUGAUGAAAUGAUAUUUCAUUUAAGACAAAUUAAUAAAUUACCUAAACCAAAAGAAGAUAUUCAAUUGAAAAGUCCAAUUCCAAUAAGAACAAAUCGAAUAAUAAAUUCUAAAAAGAAUUUUAUUGAACAAAUUCUCAAUGAAAAUGAUCAAAUUUUAAUGAAAAAGAAUUUAAAAGAUUAUUUAGAAGAAAAAUUACAAUUAGAUGAAUUUAUCAAAGUCUUAUUGGAAAUUUUAAAUAAACAAAAUCAACAAUUUCGAAUUGAAAUUAUCGAUUCAAUUCGAAAAUUUCUUCGUUCUAAUGAUUUAGAUCGAUUUGAUAUUCAAAUUUUAAAAGACGAUUUAAAUACUUUAAAGUUAUCACAUGAACGAAUUUUACAUCAAUCUGUAACACCAUCACGAAUGUCAAUGUCUUCACCAAUGAAUAAUUUGGUUUGA